CGAUCUGGGCGGCUCGGCCCGGUGUCGCAUCCACCCGUUCGACCUCGCGGCGGCGCGAGUCCGGGUCCAUAUGGCCAUGAAUGUGGGGUUGCUGGUUGGGGUCCAACUGCUGGAGAGCCUGCCGCCGCGAUGCCUGCCGCCCGUGUAUCGUCGGCUCAGACCAGGUAAACGCCACCCUGGAGACGUUCUGGUACGACCUAGAUCAGGCCAGACGACUCAUGGUGCUGAGAACAAAGAUUGAUCGGGCGAUCUCGACCUCCAAGCUCACAGAGGGGGCCAAGGCCCUGGUCCGGGGCCGAAGAGAUGUGUUCUUCGGGAGCUUCCCCCCUGGAAGACAGUGGCUGCUGUGGAAGAUCGCGCGGAACAUGAGCCGGUGUGACGUGGGCGAUACUCUGGAUUAUAUCCCAAUCCUGGACCUGAAUGGCCCUGAAGAUACGUUAUGGAGCACGCCGUUCUGAUUGUCAGGUUGGGAGCCGUCAGAGUUCGCGGCGUAUGGAUCUCAGGGUGAUCGAGGCGUAUCUCGCCCUUUUCUUUUCGUUUCUGAAGGGGAAGGGAGAGCAGGCUCUGGAACAAGCUACUCAUCACUCACAUG